AUGGCCGUCUCCCACACUGAUACGACCGUACUAGACUCUCUUACCUACGAAGACUUCAAAAAUUCAUUGAAAACACAUAUAAGGAAAAAAUGGCAUAUAAUCAAUAAUAGCCAGACCAAAAAACUAAACCAGCUCAAGACAAUAACCUUCAGAUGGAAUAACCAUAAUCUCAAUCGUAAGGACGAAACCACAAUAAACCGUCUAAGAAUUGUUCAUACCAGGCUAACUCAUGGAUUUCUCAUGUCAAAAAAAGAACCUCCCAGCUGCGAAGCAGGAAGCUUGUGGCCAACUACUCACGGUCAAACAUAUCCUGAUAGGAUUCCGUCUAUAUACAAACAAGAGCCAAUGGACCUCAAAUUUACCGAAACUCUUGACUCGACCCUAGGACCCAACCCAGACCAGAACAAGAAAAUCCUGUUUUUUGUAACAUCAAAUAAUUUAAUAGACAACAUUUAA